UACGCUCAUUGCUCAGUCCAAGCUUGCGCUCCCUCGCCUACCAUCUCCGCUUCCCUUCCACGCUCCCGUCGCACUCCAAUGGCGUCGAUCGCAAUCCACGUAGAAGAAGAAGAAGAAGAAGCCGCAGCCGCCUCCUCUCCUCCACCUCCUCCUCCUCCUCCUUCUGCACAGACGAGCCAGUGGAUCGCGGCGCAGGACCUGCUCCGGCGAAGGCUGAUCGAGCGCGACGAUUUCCCGUGGACCUUGCCGGGCGGCGGCGGCGGCGGCGAGGCGCUGAAGUACGUCGGCGGCGGCGGCGAGGCGCUGAAGUACGUCGGCGGCGUCGACAUGAGCUUCGCCAAGGACGACGCCUCGCUGGCCUGCGCGGCGCUCGUCGUCCUGGACCUCGCGACGCUGCAGGUCGUGUACGAGGACUUCGCCGUCGUCAGGCUCGAGGUCCCUUACGUUCCUGGCUUCCUCGCUUUCAGAGAGGCCCCUGUUCUUCUGGGACUUCUGGAGAAGGUCAAAAGCAGUGCCAAGGAUAUCUGUCCACAGUUAAUAAUGGUCGAUGGAAAUGGGUUACUUCAUCCUCGAGGUUUUGGAUUAGCCUGCCAUCUUGGUGUUCUGGCUGAUCUCCCCACCAUUGGGAUUGGAAAAAAUUUGCAUCAUGUGGAUGGUCUGACUCUAUCUGGAGUGAAGCAGCUUCUAGAAGCCAAGGAUAACUUCUCUAAAGAUCUUCUCACUUUGACUGGAUCCUCUGGACGCAUAUGGGGUGUGGCAAUGCAAUCAACAUGGAAUACAUCAAAGCCUAUUUUUGUGUCAAUUGGACACCGUAUAUCCCUUCAAACUGCUGUCAAAGUUGUUGGGAUGACUUGCAAAUAUCGGGUCCCAGAGCCAGUGCGACAGGCUGACAUCAGGUCAAGAGACUUCCUUCGCAAGAAUGGUUAUAUCUGUUAGGGAGCUCAUCAGGCUAUGUUAACUUCAGAAUUCUAACUCAAAGCAUGGUUUUCUUCAUUGGUGCUUAGAUCUGGUAUGUUGAAAUUGUCAUAAGUCCUACUUUCUGAAUUUCCUAAUUAUUGUCACAGCACCAAGAAUGCUUUUGACAGCCAUUUUCUGUUCUUUUUCUUUUCUCUCAUUUUGACAGCAAAAAAGCUGGUUGUUAAGAUUAGAAUGUUGAAGAAUAUCAGUAGGCUCGUUGAAUUAAGCUGUCAUAUCAAUAUCCUAAAGUGGCAGCUGACUCAAGAUAUUCAGGUGUUAAGGUGUUUACUUGGCUAGUUGAAUUAGGAUGGCUCCUUCUGUAUCUGCUUGCAUAGAGAAGUACUUUAAUUAAGGAGAAUGAAGAAACAAACUGAGUACACUGUAUAUCAUAAGGUGACAACAAAAGAAAACAUAGAAGAGAGAUGAGAGAAAAGAAAGUAACCUAAAGAGAAUGUUAUAACUUUAAACCAGUUUAAUUUA